GUGGUGUCGGGUGUUGGAAGCAUGGCUUACAAAGUGGACCAUGAAUACGAUUAUCUCUUCAAGAUCGUACUCAUUGGGGACUCUGGUGUUGGAAAAUCCAAUAUCCUCUCCAGGUUUACCCGAAACGAGUUCUGCUUGGAGUCCAAGUCCACCAUUGGGGUUGAAUUCGCAACCAGAACAUUACAGGUGGAGGGGAAGACAGUGAAGGCACAAAUAUGGGAUACUGCUGGUCAAGAGAGGUACAGAGCUAUCACUAGUGCAUACUAUAGAGGAGCCGUUGGUGCCUUGUUGGUCUAUGACAUAACCAAGAGGCAAACAUUUGACAAUGUACAAAGGUGGCUUCGUGAACUGAGGGACCAUGCAGACUCUAACAUUGUUAUUAUGAUGGCUGGAAAUAAGUCUGACCUCAAUCACUUGAGAGCAGUGUCUACUGAAGAUGCUCAAAAUUUGGCUGAGAAGGAGAGUCUCUCAUUCCUAGAGACUUCAGCAUUGGAAGCCUUUAAUGUUGAGAAGGCAUUUCAAACAAUUUUGUUUGAUAUAUACCAAAUUAUAAGUAAAAAGGCACUGGCAGCACAGGAAGCAGCUUCCACUACUACCCUUCCUCAAGGAACAACCAUAAAUGUCUCAAAUAUGUCAGGUAGUGUGGAGAAGAGAAGUUGUUGCUCUAAUUAA